UUUGUAUGAUUCAGUUGAAGAUCUGAAAUCGUAGGUUGAGUCCUCUGUUUUCUUUCUACUGUUAGUAAGUCUUCCCGUUCAGAUCCAGCUUUAAGAUGGAGCAAUACAAACCCCCCACAACUAAACUCGCCUUCCAAAGUGAUAAGAGUUAUCAUGUGUUUCUAAGUUUCAGAGGAGAAAAUGUGAGAAAGACUCUAGUUGACCAUCUCUUUACAGCUCUCUCUGCAGCAGGACUGAAUGUCUUCUUAGACAGUGAAAAACUGGAAAAGGGGCAAAUAAUCGGGCUGAGCUUAGAAAGAGCAAUCGAGAGAAGUGCCAUACGCAUUCCUAUAUUUUCCGAAGGCUAUGCAGACUCAACAUGGUGUCUAAAGGAGGCCGCUGCAAUGUUGAGCACCCCUGCCUUGAUCAUUCCUCUCUUUUAUCAUGUGGAUCCAACCCACGUUAGAUAUCCUCAAGGGAAUAACAGCCCAUAUAAGGAAUCAUUUCUAAAACAUUAUGCCCAUCCAGAUCGACAGCCAAGAGAAGUGGUUGAUGAGUGGAAGGAAGCCCUUCUACAGAUCUGUUCUCGUUCAGGCUGGUCCACGGAUAUAGCUCAAGGCUUUGAGGCUCUUCUAAUAAAGACAGUGGUGAACGACCUGAUUAAAACAUUAGACAGAGUGCCAUUACAAGUUGCCAAACAUCCAGUGGGAAUGGACACCGUGAAGAAUGUUCUAAUUCAGAAAUUGAAUCUCAAUUCAGAGGAUAAAGUUGUUAAAAUUGGAAUAUGGGGAAUUGGUGGUAUUGGCAAGACCACAGUUGCCAAAGCUUUGUAUAAUCAAAUUUAUGCUGAUUUUGAAGGUGCUUCCUUUGCAUUCAAUGUCCGUGCCAAUGCUGUUGACCCCAGAGGCCUUACUACUUUACAGAAACAAAUUCUUGAAGAAUUAACCAAAAUGGAUGGAGAAGUGCAUAGUGUCGAUAAGGGCAUAUCUUUGUUUAGAGAUCGUUUAGGAGGAAAACGUGUGCUGCUAAUUUUAGAUGAUGUGGAUGCUAUUGCACAGUUAGAUGCUUUGGUUGGGGAUUGGCUGUGUCCUGGCAGCAGGGUUAUUAUUACAUCCAGGAACAAACACAUUCUUAAUGUUGCUCAGGUCCCUUCUGAAUGCAUCUACGAGAUGACUGAAUUGGAGAUAAAUGAAGGUCUUCAAUUAUUUAGCUGGCAUGCUUUUUUAAAAGCAUCUCCAACUCCCAAGUAUCAAGAUCUGUCCACAAGAAUAGUAGAAGCUUGUAAGGGACAUCCCCUUUCAUUAGAAGUGAUUGGUUCCUUCUUGUAUGACAAGGAGGAUAGCACAGGUUGCUGGACGGAAGUGCUUGACAACAUUAUCCUCAAUCCAGACAUUCACAAAAGGCUUUAUCUCAGUUAUAGUGCUCUAACUGAUGAGGAAAAAGAUAUUUUCCUCGACAUUGCUUGCUUCUUCAAUGGAGAGGACAAAACAUUGCCGAUCAUUUUCUGGAAAUCCUUGUACAAAAUGGUAGACAGUGCUGUACUUAAUCUCUCAAUGAAGUUGCUGAUAAAGAUUGAUGAUGAUGGUGUAUUUCAUAUGCAUGAUCAUUUGCGAGAUAUGGGGUGGAGCAUUGCUCAAAAAGAAAAAGAGGGUACCCGUUUAUGGGAAGAUGCCCAUUUAAACACCUUACCCAGCACCAAUUUCUUUCGCCUUCGGCUCAAUGGAGGAGAUCUACAAAGGUUUAACAUGAUGUGCAGACCAGGUCUUUGCUAUCUUGAUUUGCAGAAUCUAUCCAUUGAAGGAAUGACAGAAGACACAAUAGCUUCUCUUCCUCCAAGUUUGAUAUGUUUAAGGCUACAAAAUUGUAGCUUUGCUACACUUCACUCCAGGUUUGUGGGUAACAUUCAGCAAUUGAAGACUAUGCAACUAAGACUCUGCCAUGGCGUUGAACUCCCUGACACCAUCGGCAGCCUGAGACAGCUACAAUACCUGGAUUUGGGGUCGUGUCAAAGAUUAAAUAACCUUCAUGAUAGUAUUAGCAACCUGUCACAGCUGCGACACUUGAGUUUGAGAGGGUGUUUCAGGUUAAAUAACCUUCCUGAUGCUAUUGGCAACCUGGCAGAGCUGCAGCAUUUGGAUUUGGGAGUGUGUCAAAGUUUAAAUAGCCUCCCUGAUACAAUUGGUGGCAUGUCAAAGUUGCAUCACUUGAAUUUGAAUGGGUGUUUUAGGUUAAUCAGCCUUCCUGAUAGCAUUGGCAACCUUGUACAGUUGCAGCACUUAGACUUGGGUGUGUGUCAAGGGUUGAAUAAGCUUCCUGACACCAUUGGUCAUCUAUCGCAAUUGAAAUAUUUGAACUUGAGAGGGUGUUUCAGGUUAAGUAAUCUUCCUGACACGAUUGGAAAUUGGACACAGUUGCAAUACUUGGACUUAGGAGUGUGUCAAAGCUUAAAUAACCUCCCUAAUACCAUUGGUGAUCUGUCAGAACUACAACACUUGAAUUUGCAAGGGUGUUUCAGGUUAAAUAGCCUCCCUGAUACCAUUGGCAACCUGUCACGGUUGCAACAUUUGGAUUUGGAGGAGUGUCAAUAUUUAACAAGUCUACCUGAUACAAUUGGUGAGCUGUCACAGCUACAGUACUUGAGCUUGAGAUGGUGUUAUAGGUUAUAUAACCUGCCCGAUACCAUGAACAAGUUGACACAGCUGAGGGAACUGCUUAAGUAGUUGAUAUGUUGUAUAAAAUGGGCCAACAUCAGCUUAGUUGAUGUAUGUACAUGCAGCAAAGUUUGCAAAGUUGAAGCACUAUUAAAAGGAUGUUGCAGAGUCAAAACUUUGAAGUUCCUGUUUUUGACAUCAAUGUUUGUUGUGGAAGGACUGUAAAAUUCAUUAAAGGAUUACCUCCUCAGCUGUAGAUUUGAAAGACUGUAAUAGAGAUUCAAGUAUUGCAAGGUAGAA